AUGAAUAACUAUAAGAAAAGGAAGAAUGAUUAUGAAGCGAAUGAUGAGGGCAGAGGAGGAGGAGGUGACCUGUCAUUCUUAUUUGGCUCACCAAUAGAGGUUAAGGAUGAGAAGACAACAACGACGACGAGGACAUCAAAUAGAUACUUGCCAAUACAUAAACAAGAGGUCACUGAUGAGAGAGGUCGCAAACGAUUUCAUGGAGCAUUCACAGGUGGUUUCUCUGCUGGCUACUUCAACACUGUCGGCUCAAAGGAGGGCUUCACUCCAUCAACAUUCAAGUCAUCAAGAGACGAGAGGACUACACAUAGACAAUACUCUGCACAGGACUUUAUGGACGAUGAGGACAUCAGCAACAUGGCCAAAGAGUUGACCACAAAGCAGGACUAUGAUCUAACAUCAGAAGGUCGACCAACUAGUGCCAUCGAUAGUAUUUCUGAUGGUAUAUUCAAAUCAGUGUUCAAGGAUAUUGUCGAGCCAACAAAGGACCCAAUUGGUUUGAGAUUGUUGAAGAAGAUGGGAUGGAAGGAAGGCCAGACACGAGUCAUUACAAAGGUCUACAAGAAGAAGGUGCCAAAGCCCAAGCAGAGACAUACAAUGAUCAUUGAUAAUGAUGAUGCAGGUCAGUUCAUGCAUGAUGAUGAGCAAGAUGAUGAAGAGGAGGAGCAGUUGGUACAGGUGGAAUAUGGCAAGGAGUAUCCAAAGAUUGUAGACUACACACCAAAGAAUGAUCACUAUGGUGUUGGUUUCACUCCCUCGGAUGAGGUUAGACAGAUGCGAAUGAAUGCCGCUGGCGGGCCGACCGCCGACACGACAGGUAGUCGCAUUCUAUUUGGUAGCGAGCACUCUAUUGAUGACACGGACGUCUAUGACUCUGGUUCAAAGGAUAUAUAUGACAGCCAUCUUGGUGGACGAAGACGUCCAGCAUCAUCCUCAUCAUCAUCUGGCAACAAUGAGAUUCUCGAGUUUCUUAAGCCUGAUGAUGGGUCUGCUCGUCUGCGACGUUGCUCAGACGGCUCACUGCCGCUCAAGAACUUUGUAGUCGCAUCGCACACCACUUUGGACAUCAAAUGGUACGAACCUCCCAAAGUCCCCACGAACUUUGAUAUCCGCCACAAGUACGACAAGCCAUUGGACAGGUCGAUAACACACAAGCCACUGCAUAUGGUCAACAUCACACCAACUCAACGGUCAAUCAUGCUCAAUGAGCGCGUUUUGCCAUCAGCACCACCCAAGCCCACCAAGAACCUGGACAUGUAUCAAUCAUCGUCGUCGCCACCUGCUGGACCAACCUCUCCAGCACCUGCAUUGGCCAAACAAAGCGAUGCUUUAAAGUCACUUCAACAAGCAUUUGCAAGUCGAUUCGAGUCCGAAGGCGAUGGUAAGUCACGUUUGAAGGCUGCAGAGCCUGUCGUGCCAUUCAAGAAGAAGCAGAGACCUACACGUGUCGUACAGGAUUGGUAUCCGGCCCCAUUGCUUUGCAAGAGAAUGGGUGUCGAGAAUCCUUACAAGGGAAUGACGGUUGAGCCAAAGAAGGAGGUGGACUGGCUCACCAAGCUGAACAUUCAGAUCGAUUUCCCAACAGAUCCGCCGACGGCUACACAGGAGGAAGAGGACAACAAUGCGUCAUCUCCACCUUAUGAGCCUGAGCAUCCAUCCAUCUCUGAUGCUACCAACCUCAACCCAUUUGUCGAGUUCUCAUUCACAGAGGCAAAGAGACCUUCUUUGGACCUGUUCAAAGCAAUCUUUGAAAGCAAUGAUGUCACAGAAGAGCAAACCGACGACGAUCAAUCAAACUAUGAUCCUUUCUCCUCAUUGUCCAAAACAACAGAUGAGCCACUUCCUCCACUACAACCAUUCUCCUCAAUUGCCAAUACCAACAACACCAACAAUAACAACAAUAAUAGCCACAACAUGAUAUUGACACCAAUUCAAACAACUCCUGUACAACAACAACAACACCAAAAUAUAGUCGAAGAUGAGGAUGAAUCCGAUCCAUUCUCUGCAUUUGUCAAUCAAACAGUCAAGGAAGCAUUCACUCAAAGAAAGAUGCAACCUUUCAUUCCAGCGGGACAAACCACUCCAUCAAUCAAUACUCCUGCCCAAUCAAUACCUAUUCCUCUUCCUACUCCACCACCUACACUACCUCACCUUCCUCCACCACCUCCACCAACUCCUCAGCCAUCAACUGAACCAACAUACUAUAAGGUAAUCGAAGUCAAGCCUUAUCAACCGAUUACUUCAAUAGUUGGACCAACUCCUCCAUCAACACCACUGGAAAAGAACAAGAAGGAUGAGCGUGAUGUAAAGUCCAAUAGCAAAACAAAGGACAAGGACAGGACAAAGAAGAAGGAUAGUGAUAAAUGGGUGGAGAACAUCAAGUCAUAUCUGUCACAAUACAGCGAUGAAUCAGACAGUAGUGACAGUGACAGUAGCGAUAGUGACGACGAAGAGAAACGAAGAAGGAGGAAAGAAAAGAAGAAAAGAAAGAAGGAAAAGAAGCGUGAGAAGAAAGAGAGGAAGAAGGAGAAGCGACGCGAGAGGGAGAAGAAGGAGGCUUCCUCCGGAGACAAGCGAUCAGCUAGCAAGGCUUAG